UGCUAAAAGUUCAUUUAAAGGUGAACAAUCACAUCAGCCUAGAAUCACCGCUUUCCCACGUGACGUUAUCAGCGGUACGAACUUCCGUGUCGCUCACUUCCUUUUUCACGGACUAAUCGGUACAGCCCUCCUUCUGCUCUCUGAUUGGCUAUGGAGCGUCCUGUUUGUUGUGAGGGGGACGGAGGUCGCCAUCUUGUUCUCGGCGCUAACUGAGGCUGGCUGCCAACCGGUACCGGAAUCCUAGAGCUGAAACAUGUCCCUGGAGACCUAAUAUUUGCGUUAUUUGUAGAGAGCGUCAAAGCUCAUCCCAGUUUUUCACCACUCCGGCAAAGUGCCCGGUUUUCGCGUCUGCGGGUGAGGAUGAACGGAGGAUAAAUGGUGCCCAAACCGGACAGCGGCACCUUCCUUCUCCUUUUUUUGCUUGUACUUACACUGACUGAGCCGCUGCGGCCAGGUCCAGGAAUAGUUCUGGCAAGACUGCAAUCAGAGCUGCGCUGCACACCAGGGCAGUUUGCGUGCCACAGUGGUACCAUACAGUGUAUCCCCCUUCACUGGCAGUGUGAUGGAUGGCCAGCAUGUGAAGAUGAGAGUGAUGAGGUCAACUGUCCAGGUCUGGCUGGAGACCAGCGAACAUUUCAUGGAAAGGAGAGUGUGGACACACGUUUUAACAGAGGUCGGAAUGGGGAAACCCCUCGAUUUCAUACAGUGAACUUUGCCCAGCCUGUCCGUUUCAGCAGUUUCCUAGGAAAAUGUCCAUCAGGAUGGCAUCAUUAUGAAGGAACAGCCAGCUGUUAUAAGGUAUACUCAUCAGGAGAAAAUUACUGGGAUGCUGUACAAAUAUGUCAGAAGGUAAAUGGGUCUCUGGCAACCUUCACUACAGACCAGGAGCUGAAAUUCAUUUUGGCCCAAGAGUGGGACGUGGCGGAAAGACCAUUUGGAAGGAAGGAUCAGCUGAGAUUGUGGGUUGGCUACCAGUUUGUUAUUACCAGCAGGAACCAUUCUAUGGAGGGUCAUUGGGAAGUAGCAUAUAAAGGAUCUGCUGAGGUUUUCUUGCCCCCCGUGCCCAUCUUUGGAACAGCCGACAAUGAGAAUAUCUUGUGCGCCCAGUUGCAGUGCUUUAAUUUGCCAUCUUUGAGAAAUCUUGGUCUGCACAGCUGGUUUGCAGAAAACUGCUAUGAAAAGUCAUCCUUCCUCUGCAAGCGAAGCCAGACAUGUGUUGAUAUCAAGGACAACAUUGUUGAUGAAGGCUACUACUUUACACCUAAGGGAGAUGACCCGUGCUUGAGCUGCACUUGCCACAAUGGUGAGCCAGAAAUGUGUGUUGCUGCUCUUUGUGAAAGACCUCAGGGCUGUCAGCAAUUUCGCAAGGACCCCAAGGAAUGCUGCAAAUUUACCUGCCUUGAUCCAGAUGGAAGCAGCCUUUUUGACUCUAUGGCCAGUGGUAUGCGCUUGAUUGUGAGCUGUAUCUCCUCUUUCCUCAUUCUGUCUCUUCUGCUCUUCAUGGUUCAUCGUCUAAGACAGAGACGCAGGGAACGUAUUGAGUCCUUAAUAGGAGCCAACUUGCACCACUUUAGUCUUGGCCGCAGAAUGCCAGGCUUUGACUAUGGACCUGAUGGUUUUGGAACAGGCCUGACACCACUUCAUCUUUCAGAUGAUGGAGAGGGUGGGGCAUUUCACUUCCAUGAGCCACCUCCACCUUAUACAGCUUACAAAUACUCUGAUAUCCAGCAUCCAGAUGAUCCGCCCCCACCCUACGAAGCAUCCAUUAGUCCUGAUAUUAUACUGUGCUCAAGUCCAGAUCAAGCGAUUCAUCAAGCUGCUGUCCUGGACCAGUUGUCAACUGCAAGCAGCAGCAAUACAUCCACCCCUCAAACAACAGAAGGGCCUUUGCCCCCAGCAGUGCCAUGUCUUGCCCAAUCUCAAAGUGACAACACAAGCUCUGGGGAUGUCAGUAGUACUUUGCUGAUGUCCCCCAAAAGCCUGCAGAGUGAAGCCUUCACUAGCGAAACUCAAUCUGGACAUUCACCUAGCAAUUGUUCUCUCAACACCGUUGUUUAAAACAGCUUACAAACAGUUGCCAGCUGUGCUUAGUUUAGGGGGAUUUGGGGGAUUUUUUCUUUCUUCUUAACCCCUUUGCUACCUAAGAUCUCCGCCUCAUUUUGCAAAGCUCCACCGGCAGCUCAGGUGUUAAACAGGCUAUUAAGCCUUGUCUUGAAAUCAGAGCGAUCUAUCAUGUAAAUAUUACAUUUCAAAAGCUGCACUUUCUUCAUUCCCCCAUGAGAGUUUUAGAGAGUGGGAAGAACAAGGCGUACUCACCUCUACAUUUUUAUAUAUAAUGUGGGACUGGAUUUUACUUUUUCUUGGAUUACAUAACUUGCAAUAAUCAUGCAAGAUCCUUAACCACAGAACUCCAGCACAGAGUAUGAAGCAGUGGAAAUGCACUAGAAAUGUAAGAACAUUGUUUUUCAGUGGGGAAAAUGGACACAUUUGGCUGCUAUCUGACCUCUGGCAGUCGUGAAUACAAACUCUGCGUUUUUCUCUGAACACGUUUAUUGUGAGGUUGUUGGUAUGUGAGUGGUGAGUGGAUGGUUAUCCUUUUGCAGUGUGUAGAUAAUCUCUACAGUCGGGACCAGAUGUUAAGAUAUUUCUUUUCUGCCCAAAAGAUCCCAACUCCACCAUUUUAGGUGCGGCCAUUUUAGAAUUAAACUUGGUGUUUCUCCAAAUGUCAAUCUUAGUCCAGGGGAUCACCAGCUGGGAACUUUAUAAAUGAUUCUUCCUUGAAUUGAUUAACGUUUUGGUCCUAACCUGGGACUUUUAUCAAGUAUCUCCUGUCAUAUUUCAAUGCUGGACUUUCUGGGGAAUAUGUUCUAGGAAGGUGCAUUUUGGAGAUGCAGCACACAGAACAUGCAUGUGAGAGUUAAUGUAAACAUAACAUGCUCAGUAUGAGCUGUUGGUGCUGGUGUAAUCUCCUUUGCUUAUGUUGCCAUUUUGAAUGCCCUGCAUCACCUAUGUUUGCCCAUGAUUUUUUUAAAUAUAAAAAACAAUUCAUUUACGGUUUAGUGAUGAAAUCAAAUGAAAUAAGCUUUGUGAGCAUGGCUCAGGUUGGCGGAUUUUUUUUUUUUUUAAAAAAAAAAGUAAAGCAUUAAAAGUUUGGAAAUUCUUUUUAUGUAAUAUAUUACAUUCAAGUACUAUAGAAAUCCAAAAUGAAGAUAAACUUGUUGAUAUUGGAUAAAUGCAAAUCCCAAUUUAUUUUGUCAAGGUUUUCUUUGCUUAUUUUUUCGAAAAUGAAAAAUUAGAGCAGUAUUUGGGGCUCACGUUAUUUGGCAUUACUACUUUUUUGCUACUGUUUCUGUUUAUGGCUGAGCUGUGUAAAAAAAAUUGAAGAUCAUUAGAUGCAUCAAAACAGAUUUUUUUUUUUUUUUUAAAGCUUCAUGAUCUUUGGGAUUGGUUUACUUUCUGAACAAGCAGAGCUCCAGGUCGCCAACUUCUGGAUGUUCGUGUAGUCUGCGGUCUUAAUGCAGGUUUGCACAAGCAAAUCGCAGUUGAAGCUGAUUCUGGACUUGGCCCAACUGAGCAUGCUCCGGCAGGCUUCGCAACAGCGACGGGACCUGAAGACUACAUGAAGAUCCAGAAGUUGACGACCGGGAGCUCCGCUACGCUUCUCUGCAGAAUUUUUUAAAGGGUUUUUUUUUUUUUUAAAACGAAAGCACAUCGCGUAGUGGGGAGGGGGGCAAUGCAUGUAAGAUUAGGGGGGAGGCUUUUGGUAGGGGGGGUUUUAGUUCUCUUUUAAUGCUUAAGACUGAAAGCUCGCAAAAAUAUUGAAAUCAAAGGAGUAGUUAAUGGAUGCCAAUUGAUGUUGUCUAUGUACAAUCCAGUACAGUGCAGCCUGAUUAUUGUGACUAAGCAUCUCCAUUGCUAUUGGAAAGUUGACAUUAUUUAGGAUAUCUGACUGAAAAACAGGCAUUUUUUUUAAAUACUGCCUCUUGGUGACCAGGUGCCCAUUCUCCUUUUGAUUUGUGGAUUUUUUUGAGCAGAGUCCAACAAAAAACAUAACUGUAAUGGAAAACUGGCCCACGCAAAGAAAGACGUUUAACAACUCAACUACUACAAAACUUAUGAAACUGUGUUUAAACUGUGUUUAAAGAUCCAUAAAAUAAUCAUGUAGCAUUCUUCUUGGUGUAAUGUAUUCAGACAAUCCAGAACAGCACGUUGGCAUUUACGUAAAAUCCAUGGGGGGGCAAGCCGAUUAGUUAGGGAAACGGUUAUCACCACUUUUUUAGUCACCUUUUAUAGCCAGACUGGUUAGUGUCAUCUUGGAAAAUUAUGGUAUCAAUUUCAAUGAGUUCAAAUGCUUCACUUUGGUGCCACUUGUGCAGAUUCAGAAAUGUAGGCCUCCAGUUAUAUAGAUUUUAUUUGCUGCAAGAGCUCAAGCUCAAGACUACGGUUCUAAACUAGCUUGUCCUGUGAAUGUGUAGGCUGCUAAAUUGGGUCCAUUGUUUAGUGUUUCUUAGAGAUAUGUUGAUUAUACGUAAAGCGUGGACAUUUCAAUUACCAAACUUUUUUAAUAAAUUCUAUAUAGGAGGUCUUCAUGUGGCAGUUAAGUUGAUGUCUAUAACACAAGCAGGUGUAAUCAGGUUAUAGGGCUCUUGCACCACAACAAUAUCUGUCCCAGUUUGAAGUGCAAUAUGACCACUUUCAUUUCAAGUUUCAAUCUUCUUUUCUGCAUUUUUUCGGUAGGCUGUAUCACCACUGUACAACCUUUUUUUUUUUUUUUCU